CUUCUUUUUCGGGCCAGCUUCCUGGCUGCGGGGCCAGGGAAACCAGCGGAACGCAGGUGUGCGAGGGCGGGGAGCUGGUCGAGCCUGGCCACCGAGGACUGUACGGCCGCGGGGGAUCGGUUUGGCGGCGACACUGAACUGCUCGGAGGCCGCCGCAAUGCUCCCGUCUUUGCAGGAAUCGCUGGAUGGGGAUGAAAAGGAGCUAGAGAGCAGCGAGGAGGGCGGCUCUGCAGAGGAGCGGAAACUCGAGCCGCCGCCCAGCAGCCACUACUGUCUCUACAGCUACCGCGGAAGCAGAUUGGCACAGCAACGUGGGGACAGUGAUGAUGGAAGCCCAAGUGGCACAAAUUUGGAAACUCCCUCUGGUGAUGAUUUCAGCCUCUCCUUGGUGGAUACUAAUUUACCAUCUGAAGUGGAGCCAGAGCUGCGGAGUUUCAUUGCUAAGCGUCUUUCGAAAGGAGCCAUCUUUGAAGGGCUGGGUAAUGUUGCAUCUGUAGAGCUGAGAAUUCCAGGUUAUCGAGUUGGUUGUUAUUAUUGUCUUUUCCAACAAGGAAAACUGCUUCCUGAAACAGCAACAGUGGGCUCUGAAUAUAACCCUACAGAGUAUGUGGUCUGUUUUUUAGGAGGUUCUGAAAAAGGCCUUGAGCUUUUCAGGCUUGAACUGGACAAGUACAUUCAAGGGCUAAAAAAUAACAUGAACUGUGAGGAAGGGGGCCUGGAAAACCAUACCAAGGCUUAUCUGAACAGCUGGUUUGAGGAUGUUGUUUGCCCAAUCCAAAGGGUUGUUCUUCUUUUUCAGGAGAAACUUACUUUUCUGCUACAUGCGGCUUUGAGUUAUACUCCUGUUGAGGUUAAAGAAUCAGAUGAAAAAACAAAGAGAGACAUUAACAGGUUUCUGAGUGUGGCCAGUCUUCAGGGACUAAUUCAUGAAGGCACCAUGACAUCUUUGUGCAUGGCCAUGACAGAAGAGCAGCAUAAGUCUGUAGUCAUCGAUUGCAGUGGCUCCCAGCCUCAGUUCUCCAAUGCAGGCCAUCAAGACACAAACAAUUUGAAGAGAUUUAUCCGACAGGCAGAAAUGAAUCAUUAUGCUUUGUUUAAAUGUUACAUGUUCCUAAAGAACUGUGGUAGUGGAGAUAUCCUUUUGAAGAUUGUUAAAGUGGAACACGAAGAAAUGCCUGAAGCCAAAAAUGUGGUAGCUGUCCUUGAAGAAUUCAUGAAAGAAGCUCUUGCCCAAGGUUUUUGAUCAUGUUUGAGACAACUACUUUGUGAAGUUGUAUAUUCAAGCCUUGGCAUUUGAAAUUGCAGUUGUUAAUAAUUGUUCAUAGGAUUACUGUUUAGGAUUAUUUGAAUUAUACCAGAUUGUUUUUUCUUUUUGUACUUAAAAAUUUUAACUUAAUUAAACAUAAAAAUCUGAGGAAUAUCUUAAUUGAGUCCUACAUCGAUAUGUGUGUUAGAAUUGUGGAAUUUUGGUCUAUUGUUGCACCCAUAAAUUCUAAACUUCAAAAUGUGUUGCCUAAGUGGACAUGGUGAUGAUGCAUACCUGUAAUCCCAGUGGCUGGGGAGUCUAAGGUAGAAGGAUCACUAAGUUCAAAGCCAGCCUCAGUCACUUAGUGAGGGCCCUAAGCAACAUAGCAAGACUGUCUCUAAAUUAAAUAUAAAAAGGGAUGGGGAUAUGGCACAAUGGUUAAGCAUCUCUGGGUUCAAUCCCUGUUACCAAAAAUAAAUAAAUAAUUAAAAGAAUGUGUUGCCUCAGAAACUUCAGAGAUGAUUUUGUGGCUUCUCUCAAAAGUUUGCUAGUGUAGUUACAAUUUUUCUUCUCAGAAAAAAACUCAUAGCACUUUUUUUCUCAAUAGAUUGUAGCUUCUUUUUUAAACACGUAAUUUCAGUCACAGAAAGAUUAGUACCACUACACCAUUUCAUAGAUUUGUGCAUCCUGCAUGCUGCAGGUACCUGAUACACUUUUUUUUUGGUCUGAUUAAUAGUUGGCUUGGAUGAUGAAGCCAGCUUUUAAGUCAAUAUGCAAAUAAAUCAUAAGUGUAUAAGAAAUUACAUAAGCUUCAAAAAUAGAUGCACUAGCUGCAAGAUAAAACGUUAGCUCUGAUGGAAAACUGCUGCAGAACUGGUGCCUGCCCGUCACCACUUUUCUUCAUUAAUUUGUCCACAGCUAGUUGCCAGUAUUUUUUUUUCUUUUAGAUGAAAAUGCCAGAGUUUUUAAAUAGAGUGUGAAGAAAUAAAGUACAUAAGUUUUACAAACAAACUGUAAGAUAAGGAAUGCAAACAGAGAUUCUUCCUAUCCGAGUUACUCAUUGAUUUUAGUUUUUGUAUAUUUAUUACAAACCUCAGAUUGUUUUACUGUGAAUCAAUUCACAGUGCCCUCGGCUAGCCAUUUAUAAUUCCCAUGGAAGCCAACGGUAGUUACACACAUAUUUGUUCUGCAUAGCUCUUUAAUAAAUUCAUUUGAUAAUGAUUUUUGUUUAGAAGAUGAGAAGUCUUAUGUUCUCACUGCCUUCAGGACGUUCAGAGGAACACAAGCCUGUAAAACUGAGCAACUCAUAAAUGGCUGUAAAUUCAUGUUAAGUGCUGAGUUUUAACUUUCAAAAUGACCGACAAUGGCCUUCUGCUUUCUCCUCUACAGAAGUAAGUCUAGGAACAUGACUCACCAAGCCCUUACUUUUUGUUUAAUGAGAAAUACAAUUCAGGAUCUUCAUAAAUGCUUUCAUAUGGUUUUAAAGUUUAAUAACAGAUUAUAGGCAGUAUGGAAAAAAAAUCUGAGCAACAUUUUUAAAAAAAUAUUUUUUAGGUGUAGAUGGACACAACACAAUGCCUUUAUUUUUAUGUGGUGCUGAGGAUCAAACCCCGGUCCCGCCUGUGCUAGGCGAGUGCUCUACCAUGAGCCACAAUCCCAGCCCCUAAGUAGCAUUUUUUAUAAAAGUAUUUAGGAUGACUAUGGAAGAUCUGCAAUUUUAUGACACUGUCUUAGAAUCUCUAGAAUCUUUUUUUUGUUUUGUUUUGUUUUCUUUUUCUAAUGCACUUGGUUGUCCAUUUGGAAGUUAGGUUUUUAAAUAAACAACAUGUUGAGUCUGGAAAAUAUAGUUUUAAUUUUCAAAUUCAUAUGCCAUUCAAGAGUCCAUGUUGUAAAUGGCUGUUAAAAGCAAAUGCUUGGCACAGUGGUGCAUGUUUUAAUCUCAGUGACUUGGGGAGACUGAGGCAGGAGGAUCACAAGUUCAAGGCCAGCCUGGGCAACUUAGCAAAACCAUAGGGUCUCAAAGGGCUGAGGAUUAUAGCCCAGUAGAAAAGUAUCCCUGGAUUCAAUCCCUAGUACUACAACAGUAAAAUAAUGAUAAAGCAAAUGUAUUACAUGUUUCAACUUACUUACAGAUAUAGGCAAGGUAUAACCAUAUCAUCUGUUUGUAUAUAUACACUCACUAUAUAUUACAGUUGUAGACAGUAGUCAUAUUUUUAAAAGUCUGACAUUCUGUGUCACUAUUAUAGACAGAAUGAUGUUAUGAAAUUGGAUACUGUGUUGAUCAUGAAAAGAAACUCAUGACAAGAAAUGAGUAUUUGUAUCCAAAUUUAAAUAAGCUAAUGUAUUAUUAAUGUUUAAAGUUGUACAGAGUGCCAGGUGUGGUGGCACAAACCUGUAAUCCCGGCUACUGAGGCUGAAGGAGGGGGAUUGCAAUUUUGAGACCAGCCUGGGAAAUUAGUGAGACCCUGUUUCAAAAUUAAAAAAAUAAAAAGGGCUGGGAUGUAGCUCAGUAGUAAAGUGCUCCUGAGUUCAAUCCACAGUAUCCCCCCCCCAAAAAAAGUAAUAAAGUUGUAAAAAGUAUUUGUUCAGACAGGAAUAAAUUUAUGUAUUAUUUAUGUGGUAUACACACAGAUAAAAUGUAUGUUUAUCAUGUACCCAAAAUGGUCUGUUUAUCUGUAAUUAUAUUUGUAAUAAAACUUAGCUUCUAAUCAA